CGCCGUUCUGUCUCUUCGUUUCGCAGUCUCGCGGAAACGCGGGGCGCUCUUGCGAACAGUCUCACACGCAUGCGCAGUUUCUUUCAGUCGAGCUGUGAGUCCCGUUGCCCCACGGAGUCGCGCGGAAAAACACGAGCGAUUUGCAUCUUUUUCUGCAUUGCAGUAUCGUUUUCGUCUUCCCCUCUUCUGCAGCCUCUGAAGGAUCUCUCUUUUCCUCCGCAGGAAUCCCUCUCGCCUCUGAGAGCCGCUUCCACGCCCCCUCUCGACGCCACUCGAGUCGACUCCUCUCGAACUCGACCCUGACCAUCCUGUUCUACGAAAGCUUGCAUUAAGUCUUAUAUAUUUACUUAUACAUUUAUGUAUAUUCGCGACUACAUACGUCCACUGCGUCCACUGUGUUUGCUCGUUAGAGGAGAAUAUAGACCAAAACGAUCUCGCGUUCACCACCUACACUGCGAGGAUCGACUGGACAAAGUCCGGUGGGGUGGCGGAGCUGAACAACUUCUUUCCUCUCCCCUCGCCUUUCUGUUUUUUUUUCGAGACCACAAGAGCCCUCAAAGCAGAUUCGUCGCUCCCGUUGAUUCUGUUGUUUCUCGUCGCACGCGAUCCAUACACAUCCGUAGAUACAUAUGCGUAUAUUCGCUUAUAUUCUCUGUGAUCCAAGAGCCGUUCCUCUUUGAGCAGGUUUCACACGAAAAGAAUCCAGCAGUUCAAAGGGGCUGUCGGACCUGUUCUUUUCUGGACCUCGGUGUUUGGCUGCCCUUCUUUUUCGUGUGUUCCUUGUUCCGUUCUUGUCUCCGGUCUGCUUCCCGCUUCUCGCUCGCGCCGUGAUUUCUGGAGAUCUUCCCCUCGCCUCGUCUCUCUCGCUUGCUGGUUCCCAGGUCUCCUUUUCCCUCUCGGCAGACUCACUGCCUCUUUUCACCGUCUCGUCUCCCCUUUGUUCCACCUUUUUCCUCUCCAAGUCUCCGAUGAUGGAUUCUUGCAUGGGCGACGAAGACCAAGGCUUCGUCCCAGUCCGGCGUCGGGGGCGCAGCCGGAAAGACUUCCAAGAGACAGGUUCGGCGCCGUACGACUCGAGAGGUGACAGCGUCGCUGCGCCUUCUCUGGACGUUUUGCAGCCUGCCGCUGACGACCUGACUCUGGGCGCCGGCGUCGAGGAGGAGGAGUCUCCGCCGGCGGCCAGUGCGGCUUCUGACCGUUCGCUCCCCUCUUCUUCGCAGCCGCGGACGACGUCGUCCGCGGCUGCGAAGAAGCAGUCCCCGACAGUUCGGUUCGAGGUGCGAAGACUCUUGGUGCCGCCGCACCGCAUGUCGCCCCUGCGGAAGCAGUGGACAGAGAUCCUGGAGCCGCUGGUGACGCAUCUGAAGCUGCAAGUCCGGAUGAACUUGAGGCGUCGCUGCGUUGAGCUCCGGACGCGCGUCGGCGUCGCGGCGCAGAAGGCCGAGGCGUCGGUGAGAGACAGCGUGCAGGCGAACAGCUCGCUGCUUCAGAAAGGCAGCGACUUCGUCCGGGCGUUUCUCCUCGGCUUCGAGGUGAGGGACGCGAUUGCGCUGCUGCGGCUGGACGACUUGUUCAUCGAGUCGUUCGAAAUCAAAGAUGUGAAGCGCUUGAACGGCGAUCACCUCAGCCGGUGCAUUGCGCGGCUGAAUGGACGCGAAGGGAAGACCAAGUACGCGAUCGAAAACGCUACUCGCACGCGCCUCGUCUUCGCAGACAGCCGCAUACAUAUCUUAGGGUCCUUCGAGAACAUCAAGCUCGCGAGACACUCGAUCUGCUCUCUCGUCUUGGGCGCGCCCCCAGGGAAAGUGUACAACCACCUGCGGACAGUCACGCGACGCCUCGCAGAGAGACUCUGAGCCUCUCUCCCGCCGAGCGCGACCGGCGCAGAAAGCAUAUGACGAGGGAACGGACGGGGAGAAGAAGCAGGCCGAAGAGCGCAGCGAGAACAGCCGCGGAGAAGAGGAGCGAAGAGAGGGGCCUCGCGUGAGGGGAGAGAGAUGGACGCGACGUCUGCGCAGAAGGCCUGAGAGCAGGACAAGCAGCGAAGAAAAGAGAAAACGGAGAAGAACAUGGACGGAGAGACGGGGAAGGGGGGCAUGCGAGUAGGGGGAAAUGCGAUGUCGGGCACUGCGUGUAUGCGUUCGACUCCACAGGCAAAAGCGGCUCCGGGGAAGUUCGCAGGACGAAGAGGCAAAUGAAGAAGUUGUCGCUGCAUGCGUCAAUGAAGGUAAAUUGCGGCGAGUUGCGGGAGGCUGGUGCCGGAGAAAGAGAGAGACUUGCAAGGACAAGACGAGGAGAUGAGGGAACUCAGAGAGGAGAGGCGUGAGCACUCGCAUUGCAAGUUCGAGAAAAGGGAAGAGAGAGGGACAGACGAAACGCGUGGAGCGCACAGAUGUAGAAACGGCGACUGAGAGCAAGGAGCGCUUGUGUCUGAGGCGGAGCAAGAGGGACAGCAGGAAGCAGACGGGAGAUGAGAGGUGAUCCGCAGCACAAGAAGAAGAAGAGUCACGCACUGGAAGACACGACAGAGGCGCGGAAGAGUCUGGAGAAGGAGAGAACGAAGAGGAGGCAGAAGAGGAGGCAGAAGAGGAGGCAGAAGAGGAAGAAGAGUGAAUGACCUCCCUGUCUGUCAAGUGGAUGAACCGCCGAUCGAAAGAAACUGUUUCCGAGAUUCAGGUGACAUGUGAAAUAGGUUUCCUGUCCGACGGCUGUCACUCUUUGUGUUGGUGCUGACAAAGAAGACUGAGCGUCCCUGACCUCCGAGUUUCAACGAUUGAUGUUCAUGCGUUUAUAAAACGUUCACCACUGCCUUCCGUGACGAGUGGACUGCACGAGGCCAGGCCGUGAAGGGCAUUCCCCGUCGGAGUGCGAUCUCGUGAGAAAUCGUUUCAUCCUGCGAAAAAAAGCGCUCGCUCGGAACUGUAACUUGCGCCCCUGCCGUGCCUGGCGUUGUUCUGAACGCAGAUGCGCGUCCCUCUGCUACGUCGUUUGUCUGUUGGCUUCCUUUUGGCCAUGUCUCCCUCGAGCGGGUGUCUCGGUGUCUUUUGCAAAGGAACGUGAGGCGUGACGAGAAGGAAGGUCGGGCAAUGCUUCCCCGCUGUGUCUCGCCUUUUGUCUCUAGCCGUUAAAUCGAUCUGGAAAGUCCUCGAACGUUCUCGCUCGACCUUGGUCAGCGCCCCCUGCGCUCCGGAGUGUCAGUGUGCAAAGCAAAGGUCCUCAACUUGAACUGAGGAGGCAGGCACUGCCAGGCGUUCGGCUACAGCUCCUUGAAUGUAUCCUAUCUGUUGGGGCAACGAAGAACUGUCGCACAUUUUUCAGCAGUGGAGUUGAUGUGCCGGACAGAAGACUGCUCUCAGCGUUCGUAACUCCGUCAGGUCCGUGAUGCUCACUGGCGUCCAGCGUCGCGAAGUUUUCAGGGGAAUAUCCCUUUCACUGGAAACGCAACUCCCUUCUUCGGAGAAUACAUAGGCCUCACUCAGAGUUUGCAUGAAUUCUUGUUGAAAAAAGACUUGCCCGGAUCCCUAGUAUGCAGCACCCGCAGCCUUGGACUUGGUGCCGAUAUCCAGAAAGCGCGGUGGUUGAUGUGAACAUGCGGCUGAGAAGCAAGUUCGGCAAAGUCUCCCUUUAGCUGUUGGAGCACCUUCGCGAACCGAGUUCCCAGUUUCUAGAAUCCGUUACCCAAAAAGUGGAGCCUCAUAUGUUUCCGCGAAAAACAAAUCAACGGAUCAUACGUUCCACGUUAGAACGAAAUCCGAGAUCAGGAAAUACGGCGCCUGCAAGGGACGAACGGGGAAAACAGCGCUUUGCCAGGUGGCGUGAGAUGCACUCUUAUUUCGCGCAAACUUUCGAAGCUUCAGUUACAGUCUGUGUGUGGCCAAAGCGGUCGAGGUUCAGUAUGUUUCCCCUUGUGAGAAACACGGGAAGAAGCACUGAACAUCCCUCGGAACGCCGAUCCAGUGAACGCGAAUCGCUGGAUGCGAAGGAAACCGUGUUCGUCCCCUGAAACAGCUCCGUUUUCGGCUUGUGUUUUUCCUAAAACAUCCCUCUGAAGAAACAACUAAGCUCCCGCAUUGUGGCGCCGCGAAAGCGACAGCUUGCCGGCAGAAGUUACUGCGAGAGUUCUGCGGUGGGCAGAAAAGGUGACAAUAGGAGCUUGUUCAAGAAACACAGUCUUUGUGGCCGCUAAAACGUAUGCAUGAGAAGAAAUAAACCUGUUUGACAAGACUUUCGAGACUCUUUGUGAGCGCGAAUGCAGAUGUUGAAGACUUAUCGCGCGAUGUGCUUCAAGCUGCAGAGCACAGCUCAACCUUGAGGCUGUUCUGACUCGUGCGGCGCCGACCACCGGCAAGCGCUGAGAACACAGCCAAUCUGUAGGCAGAUAGAUCGAUUUUCUGUUUUGAUUCCCCGUGGUAACACAGUCAAGGCACAGCGGCAGGAGUCACCUCAAUCCGUUUCUUUCAGGCAAGCGGUACAAAAGGCGUGAAACUAAAUUCUUUUUUUUUGGGGGGGGGGUGCCUGACUAGUCCGACGGCAGCGCCGACGGUGAGAGGCGACAUCGAUGCUACUUUGUCUCUUUCAGAAGAUUUCUUGAGCGCAGCGCAAGGGAAGACAACUGGUUCAAAAGGACUAGCACAGUUUCUGAUUCCCGACGGGGAAACGGGUGGACUGCGGCUUCUGAACGCGAAAGACAAAAUCGACGAAGAAGCGAAACGGUCUGCUCUUCCGACGAUGGGGACAGCGGUGUGCUGUGUGAAGUGAUGCACACAGACUCCAGGAGUGCUAUCGUUUCCCUGAAAGUGAAAGGUUCUUUCUCGUUCAGAAGGGUGGAAACCACAGCAGACAGGAAGCGUAUAGUUCGGCCGAAAUGCUGACACAUGGAUGCGGCUCGAGUUAAAGGCGAACAGUCGAGCAAGCCCGAAAAAUGACACAUAAACGCGUUUACUUACCUAUCUAGACCUACUCAUAUCUGUAAUGAUGUGGUGUUUGCAGAUUCAAAGAGAAGGUUUCAUC